AGUGUGGAUAGUUUGAUUUUCAUGUUAUAUGCACCUUGUGAUGCUUUGUGGUUUACUUUUGUUAGAAUACAGAAAUCAAACUAGACUCGCCUGAAGAUUCAGAUGACGACUGUCAUUUCUAGACACACGUCCACCAUUUCCUUAGUUUCACAGAAUUCUGUACAACUGGAGGCUGGGUUAUUAGUUCAGUGCCUUAAUCGCUACAAGGAAUAUCUUGAGUGCGGUUGUGAGAAGGUUUUGAACUCCAAAUUUUCGAAAAAGGGAACAGGUUCAAAUGUUUUGAACAAUCCAAAUCCAUCAUUCGGAGAUGACUCCACUGAUACAGCAUUGUCAAGCAUUUCAGGCGGUACCGGUUUUGAAAAUAUCACAUCUUCAGUUGUUCGUAGACUAGAUGCUGGAGCACGCGAGAGUUUAGGUCAGCACUUAAUUCAGUUGUUGGCCACUAUUGUCUUACCCGAUCCUCCUCAAUCUAUAAGCGAAGCAUUCCGGAUAAGUUAAUGCCAUCCGAUAGCAAUAUGGAAAGUUACCGCAAUUUAGCUGAAAAAGGACGCAAAAAGAUGUUGAACUUACCGUUCGAUAAAAUAUUUACUGCCUUAAAAGAAUUCAGUGGACGUUUCAACUUUAAUGUAUGCAUUUAUAUCGUUGCUAUAGCUGAACAUGUGAUCGGAAAUUUUUUGCAGGCCGCUAUUUGCUACGAAGAUAAAGCUCUGACUGAAAAUGUUAUUCGUGCAUCAACUGUCGAGAAAUUGUUUAUCUUGUAUCGAGAUCGUGUUAAACCGCGUCGUAAAAUGUUUGAACAUCGUUUAGCAACAGCUAAUCUUUUUCCUCAAGACUAUGAUAAGUGUGUUGAUGAAUUAUGUAGUUUUCUUCAUACUUGCUUAGAACAAAUGAAUUUAUUGAUACGGGUAUUUCGUGAACCGAUAUUAUCAGUGAAUCCAUCGUCAUCAUCAUCUUAUGAACAACAAGCAACAACGUGUACACAUAUCAAUGAAGAUAAUACACAAGUAUUAUUUGGUAACAUAUUAGAUGUGUAUAAUAAUAUGCGUAUUUUACUGGAUACUAUUGAAGCAGAAGAUGAAGAUAAUUAUUCACCAAAUAUUGUAAAAUCUAAAAAUAGUUGUACAUUGUUAACAUCAUCAACAACGCCGUCAUCGGGAAUGUUUAAUAUUGUUAAACCCCUGAAUACUUCUAAUAAUAGUACCUUUAUAACUAAUGGAAAUGAUAAAACAACUUUAAUGGAUUCAUUGUCUGAAACACUUACUACACUUGAAUCAAUACCAGAAAAACAAUUCUCUAGUGAUGAUGAUAGAAAUGAAAUGAUAAACAAUAUCAAACACAAUAACGAGUGCACUAAUGGAAAAAUCAGUAAUAAUAAUUCAUCAGGAUCGACAUUUCAUUCACCUACUUCAACUGAUCAUACAUUCUCAAAUGAUGAUCAUGACGAUCGUUAUCCUCACCAUAAUAAACCAGAUUCAUCGAUUCACAAUCAUGAUAAUAGUGGUAGUGUUAGUAGUAAUAAUAAUAAUAAGAAUAAAACUUAUCCUAGACGUCUAGUUGGUAUUUGUUUAAUUGAAUUGGCUGAAGAUGAUUCAUUGCAUGCAUUCAGUCGAUAUGCUAAUAUUGUACUAGAUUCUAACUCAAGAGAUCGUGUUUGGAAUUUAAUUGAACAUGAAAGUUAUGCACAGGAAUUAUGUCAAUUAAGUCGAACUAUUGUGCAUACAGCUUCGUUGAAUAAUAAAUACCCUGGAUAUAAUUUUUUUUCAUCUUCAACAACAGCAACAACAACACCAGUGACUGACUUUCAUUCAUUUACAUGUUUGCAUUGUCAGCACUGGGAUACAGUUGUUACUAAACCGCGUAGAAGAUCCACUUCAACAACUGUUACCCCUUUAAACAAUGACAAUAAUUCAUUCAAUGUACAUAAUAAUAAAAAUACUAUGUCCACUUCAGUAGAUUCAGCAGAUAAAUUUGAUUUGACAUCGAAAAUGUCAUUAAAUCGUCAUCACCAUCGUUCACCUCAUUUAUUGGGAAUGAAUACCACAUCUUAUGCAAUUAAUUGUAAUUAUUUAAUAAAUGCUACAAGAUAUUUACUUCCACGAAUAAUUCUACUGCCUAUAUUUCAUUUUUUUUAUUUUCAUGAAUUAAUCGAGACGUUGCAUCGGUGUGCUUAUGAUGAAGUUGAUCGGGCACGUUUAGAAGAUGUGCUUAGUAUGUUGAGAAAGACAAGGGCAACACUAGAACGAGAUUUAGCUAAACAUCCUUGGGUUGCUUUGCAUUUGGUACGAUUGAUAUCAACUGGUCAGUUGACUGACCGUUAUCGUUCAUUAUACUUGAAUGCUGUUUCUGGUGCUUCUUGUCCACCAAGUCCUGUGAAUUAUACGGCUCCACCAUCUCCUGUUAGUCUUUCAAAUCAAAUUGGGAGUCACGUCUCAUGUGCUUCCAUGUUCAGCACAAAUUGUAAUGCUUCGUCUAGUAAUAUAUUCAAUUAUCAUAAUACUCAUCAUUCUACGCCAACAACAGCGAUAACGACAACACCAGUAUCGAUUAAUUCUACUGAUCUAUCAUUUACAUAUAGCAAUACUGUUCAAAAUAAAGCCGAGGAAAUUGAAAAACUCUUAAGUAGUAAGGAUAAGUUAAUUAUGUCAAGUAAUUAUAUUAACACACUUGGUGAUUUUGUGAUGGAAAGUCGUGUACAUUUACGUACUACUGAUUCGAAAAAAUCAUCCAGUGAAUAUAUCGCCUAUUUAUUUACUGGUCUCUUAUUAAUUUGCAAAUGGCAAGAACGUCGUUCAACCCCAUUGAAUCCGAAUUCUAUGCAACAGUCUAUUUUACGUAUUAAACAUCGUAUACCACUUGAUUUAAUUCAUGUUACUGAUUUGCCUCCGAUAGUUCAACCAAAUUUAAUUGGUUAUGUUGGUCAUAGUGGUCCAAUGACACCGUCUUUAGUUGGCGCUGCUGUUCUAGCUGCGACAUCUUCAAAUAAUAGUUAUUCGCAUAAUAUUAACAAUAAUACUGCAUCUAAUAUGAACCCACAUGAAGAAACGUCAACUACUGGGCUAUCAGCAUCAGGUAAGAUUUUGCCAUGUUCAUGUUUCUUGUUAUCUGAUAAUGAAGGCGUCAUUUUGAUUGUCUACUUUCAAAUUUCUAGUGAAUGAAAGGUUUGUGUAUGAUUUUAAUCAAGUUUUUCAUUGUCCCGUGAAACAAGUAGUUAUGUAUAGAUAUUUCUCAUUUAUUCAAUACCUUGAUGAAACUUUAUUGUAAAAUUUUAUGGCCUUGAAUCUGACUACAUUUGGAUCGUAUAAAUGAUUGCUGUCGAAGUAUAUAAGUCGCCAAUCCUCGUAUAUAAUCAUCGACUUGAAUCGCGUUAAUGAGUAACGGAAUUAAAAAUAAGUCAAAUAUGAGAAUACGUAUAUUUUGUACACUCAUUGAUCUGGACAGGCAAUGAGAGGGACAAAGCAAAAGAAGUAAAGCGAAAGAGAACAAAGCGAAAUGACGCGCAUGGACGUGUGUGAGCCAACUCCAUUUAGUCAAGCGUUAAUCGAUAUUUAUAGCCAGAUAAGUGAAUAUGAUAAGAAGUGUACACACAUGCGCUUACAUAGAAACAGCCAAGGUUGACAAGCGAAUAAUUAAGAAGAUCAAAAUGUGACUCAAGAAGAAUAAAUAAAUUGGCCUGUCCGGAAACUCGAAUAAGCUAUGUGGGCUUAACAUAGGACCAGCCACUACAAACAGAUCAUUGAGUAAUCGCAAACCUAGUCAUCUCUGAGGUUGUUCACGUUUCAUUUUAAUGUUCUAGUUUUUAUUCUGUUGUCGAUCAAUACUACAUUUAACCAACUGGUUGUUAUCUUUUAAUGGUGAACAUUUAGCUUUAUUUAGCUUUUGAUGGAGUUUUGUUCGCUGAACUGGAUGGCUUUGUCGUAGAGCUUUCGUCGUUAUUCUUAAUGACAUCACAAACUUCAGAUAGAACUACGCGACCAAACCAUCCAGCUCAGAGAACAAAACUCCAUCAAACUCACCCAAUUGAGUUACAAAUCUUCACCAGCUUGGUUUAGUCUUAGUACAUGAUGAUCCCCAUCUUUUCGACUGUUUGCUUCGUUACAAUAUUAGUGUUAUUUAUGUCAGAGAAAAUGGAUGUAGUUAACUUCAAGCUAGCAUUUUAGUAAAAUUAAAUACACACAAGAUUACUGAAUUGGUUUGACAGUUUUGUGGCUCGUUAAUCUGACUCCAAUUUGAAAGAAUGAAUGUUGUAUGUGCCAUGAUUAUAAAUCUUUUAUUUAACUUCAUAUAUUAUACCCAGGCUAACCCCGUUUGUGCAAAGAUGGUAAUAAGAAGCAAUAUACGGUUAAAUGAAUUUAUUUCAAGCACUCGUUUAUUCAGAGAGAC